GUUUCACGGCAGUGUGAUUUGAAGGACUCAAUGACAUGGGACCUCUUAUUUUGAUCUUGCUUCUUUGUGCUGGAUUAUCCUGUGGACUUGAUAUUAUUAACCAAGAAGAAAGAGUACCAAAGUCUUUUAAUGACAAUCAUGAAAAUUUUAUGUUUGCAACAUUACCAAUUCAAACUGAAGAUGAUAUUGUGAACCAAACAGAAGUUCCUGUUAGCAGUUGGGGAGGUCUGUAUCCUCAAACUUCUGUAUCUCGUGAGGUGAAGCCUCUAGAUGGUGUAUGGAGUUUCCGAUUAAGCCCCAAGGAUGACCCUGACAAAGGAUUUAGAGAAUUGUGGUUUGAGAAACCUCUGUCUACUACUGGCACUGUCAUUGCCAUGGCAGUCCCAAGUAGCUAUAAUGAAGUCACUGAAGAUAAGAACAUACGUGAACACGUUGGAUGGGCUUGGUAUGACACACAAUUUUAUGUUCCGGCGCGCUGGCAAGAUGAGAAGAAGAGGGUGGUGUUGCGUUUUGGAUCAGUUACUUACAACUCAAUAAUUUACCUCAAUGGAAAAGCCAUUACUUCACAUCUUGGAGGCCAUCUGCCUAUAAUGGCUGAUGUAACUUCCUCCCUGAUGUAUUCAUCCAAAAAUUUGUUGACUGUGGCAGUUAAUAACACUCUCACUCCUGAGACCAUUCCUCAAGGCACCAUAAUCUUCCAUAAUGACCUGAGCAGAUAUCCUCCUGGGUAUUUUGAGCAGAAGUACAAUUUUGAUUUCUUCAAUUUUGCUGGUAUUGAUCGACCAGUUUUUCUCUACACAACUCCUCAAACCUAUGUGGACAACAUCAGAGUUAUAACUAAAGUUUUCAACACACAGGGUUCUUAUUCUGCUUCCAUUGAGUAUGACAUCACAUCCCAAUCACCUGCUGGCCAAGACAAUGCAAGCUGUUCUGUAUUUCUUGUGGAUGCAAACGACACAUUGGUUGUGAAUGGCAGCAGCUGUAGUGGUACUCUGACAGUGUCACAGCCUCAGCUAUGGUGGCCUUACCUUAUGGACCCAAUUGCUGGCUACCAGUACACUCUGUGGGUGCGUGUGACUGGUUCCUUGGAUGAGAUAGAUGAGUACCCGCUUAAAGUUGGUCUACGGGAGGUGGCGUGGAACACCAGUGGGGUGACUAUCAACGGCAGGCCCCUCUACAUACGAGGCUGUGGCAAGCACGAAGAUGCUGAUAUACGAGGUAAAGGCUACGAUGCAGCCCUUGUGGUGAAGGACUUUGCUCUGCUCAAGUGGCUUGGCGCGAACUCCUUCAGGACCUCUCACUAUCCCUACGCCGAGGAGAUCAUGGACCGCGCCGAUGCCGAGGGCAUCAUGGUCAUCGAUGAGAGCCCUGCUAUAGGACUCAGUGGGUUUGAUCCAGCGCUGCGCGACCGCCACAUCGCAGUCAUGGAGGAGUUCAUCAUGAGGGACAGGAACCGCCCGUCUGUCAUCAUGUGGAGCGUCGGCAACGAGCCUAAAAGCUCCCAACUUGCCGCAGACGAUUAUUUUCGAGCUGUGGUGAACGCUUCCAAGCUCGCGGAUCCUACUCGACCUGUGACAGCUGUGCUGAGCGAGAGCGUCAACUCUGACUUAGCUGCGCAGUGGCUGGACGUGAUCUGGGUGAACCGCUACUUCUCGUGGUACUCAGACACCGGCCACCUGGAGGUGAUCCAGCGCCAGACCGUCACCGAGUUCCAGGAAUGGCACAGCAAGUUUCAGCGACCCGUUGGCAUCUCCGAGUACGGCGCUGGCUCCAUACCUGGCCUGCAUAUGGGUCCGUCGUUCACGUGGAGUGAAGAAUAUCAGACUGAGCUUCUCCUCAACAACUUUAAGGCCUUCGAUGACUUACGUGACCAGGGCUUCUUCAUGGGAGAAAUGAUAUGGAAUUUCGCGGAUUUUCUUACGCCUCAGGAAUACAAUCGGCCAGCGAUGUGCAUGAAGGGUCUCUUUACUCGGACACGCCAGCCCAAGAUGGCGGCGCAGGUGACCCGCGCUCGGUACCACGACCUCGCCGAGUGGGACAACUCGUGCGAGCGCCGGCAGGGCUCCACGCCCGACGAGGAUGACAGUACUAGUGAAGAGCUCAAUGGUAUCUUCGCCAUCCCGGCCAAAGAUGCUCGUCUCAGAGCAAAGGAAGAAGAGUCGUUCAGCGAGUUUGACUACGACGAUUUUGAGGCAAAAAGAAAAGAGGGUGAGGUGCUCGAUACUCGCCGGGGGAUUGUAGAGAGAUCGAGUGAGUUUCUUGUUCAGUCCCAAGCUCAGUGUCUCUCGGACGCCGCGGCCUCCAGGCAGACCAGAGUCCAAGCAUUUGCUCAUGUCUUUGGUUUCGGGCUUGCUUGAUCCUCAGUUCGUUGUAAAGCAUACGUGAAAUACACUGCUUCGACUGCUCUCAGAGAAAUGGUUUAGACUUGUCCAAAUAUCGGUGCACUUUUUGCACUCCUGUGUGUCAUCCUGACCCUGUUGGGCCGGGCUUAUUAGCGCUACUUCCGCUCUCUGCCCUCUCUGUUGCUAAAAAAUGCGUCACUAUUUGGGCAAUGUUACACAUUUGUUCUACUGAAUGCGCGGGCAUUUAUUUAUCAAGCUCACGUCCAUACGUCUCAAGUUACUGUAAUUCAUGUGUGGUAUCUAUUUUAUUUGAUUUGUGGUUUGAAUUUAUCUGUGAGUUCUUUAGUUGUGUGAUAUUCAGGCAGCUAAGUGCUGGAAUUGCAUUGGUUAUUCCAUUCACCCUGUAAUGCUCAAUCUCUCUUUGUUGAACAAGUCUGCAAGUUUGUUUAAAGCAACGCUAACAUUUGAUUUGUUUAGGUUGCGGUACGAGUAAUUCACAGCCACUUCCUGGUAAGGUAAUAAGCUACCUAUUAUCUAGCACCACUAGUAUGAGGUUAUUGUGCUGUUAACUCGCCACAAGAUCCAAUGAAGGGAACAAGUUACUUGUUAACAUCCACCACAAAAAUUUUAUGGUUCAGGUAAUUCACAAAAAAAUCCCCUAUUAAGGGAAUAAGUUACCUGUUCACUAGUCCUGUACUCAAGCCAAAGCUACAAGUCCGAUGAGACGCUGCCAUUUCUGUUACCGCACGCACCUGUGCUCACGCUUUGCUCUAAAGAUUGUGUUGGGGUUUUUUUAUUUUAUUUAAUGUGACGUUGUUAUUUAUUGUUCUCUUUCAUUUGUGGAGUUUUAUGCUAAUGUUUGUGAUAUAUAGAGUAGGCAUAGGCAUAUUAUAGUUAAUAAACAGUAACGGUAACAGUACGAGUAUAAAUAUAUAUUUUUUAACUAAGACGGCUCAAAGCUUUGUCCCAAUUAGCCGUGAGAACUGAGACCACAUCGAAUUUGCAGCGGCAAUACGGGAGACGAGGCGUCAAGUCGGUGGGAAUUGGAGCUCCAAGAAAUUCUUAUGUAUUUUUUAUAUAUGGUAUUUAUUCAUUUUCAACAUGGCAUUAGCAUACAUUAGUUGUCAUAACAGUUUAUCUCCAAUGUCAAAAUUUUUUUGUUAUAUUUGUCUCUUUUUGCUCCUUAGACAAUUUCCUGGCAUCCAUUUGCUUCUUGGCAGCUUUCAGACUGAUUUACAUUUUAAAUACGCGCAUGCGGUGCCGUUUAUAGAAGAAUCGCGCAAAAUUAAAAUCCAUGAGCUAUACGUUGUACCGACUGCACAGAGUAAAACUGAAACUUCCUAAAAGGCCUAGCCAAUCCUACUGACGACUUUUGCAACGUUGUGCUGGCAGCCAAAUGUCGCCAAAUCUGUCGAAUUGAACACUAAUAUUCAAGGGUGCGACUUGAUGAUCUCUAAUUCGUACGUACAAAAUAUCUCGUCUUGCCUCAACUCGUUAUGGCAAGUCUUGCACCGACGUAUUGUGUCUAACAUCGUUAUGUAACGUCUCUUUUAAUAUGUCUUAUAACGUUUCAUUUUAUCCAGGAUGUAAUUAUUGUCCGAAUAUAUAACUUUAUUCGUUGUCAUAAUUCCUCGUUAUUUUUGUUCGGGAAAUUUCUCGUCUAUAAGUUUCAGCUGCAAUUAUCUACUCGGUAAAUGUUGAUUUGCCAAUUACAUGAUUGAAUAAAUCUAUAUUUUUCUGCUUAAAGGA